CUUUGGUGCCAUUCAGUUUAUCGCCGUCCCUCGUCAAGCCUCGUGCUACAAGAGCCUCGCCUGCGCUCCGAGCCAAGAGCCACGCGCUUUUUCCGCGGCAAAUCCGUCGGUCGGUAAAUAAAUCGGAUGCAGUACCGCGAUCGGCAUCAAAGCAACUAAGAAACGGCGCAGUUAGUUAAUUUCCAAGUAAAAAUGAAGAGGAACAGCGAGUCGAGAACCGCGGAUAAAAUGUGACCCGUGUUUUUCGAGCUGUUCGCGUUAUUUCUAGCUGCAUCGCGUUUCGCCGCGACUAUUUAUCACCGCUAUUGUUCGACGUGCCGCAGGUGCGCAUAACGCGGAAAAAGCUUCUCCCUCUAUCACGAUCGCACAAUGUUGUCAGUGAAAAGGACAGAGUUUCACGGUGCAAGCAUCGGGAUGACAGCCGUUUGGUGGCUCGUCGCGAUGCUCGCUGUUAGUGCAGAGGUCAGUGGUCAGCUGCUUGAUACGGAGUUUCAGCCGACGGUGACGGCGACAUGCAAGGACGGCUACAUGACCAUCCGGAUGAACGUCAACCAGAGUUUCCUCGGGGCGUUGCACGCCAAGGACCACCGGACACCCCAAUGCAUGGUCCUCGGCAACGGGACCAACCACGUCACCCUGGGAAUCAAUCUCCUCGCACCUCCAGGUGCUCCCGACUAUUGCGGGGUCCUCGUCAACAACAAAACUGAAGAAGAGAGAUCGGUGCCAAUUGCCGUCCGGAUUCAUAAAACGCUUGAACUCGCCGACGACAAGUUCUACGUCAUUACUUGUGGCAAAGCGGGCUUUAAGAACGCAAAGAACGAAACUUCCUUGGUUUCUCUCCGGAUCCUUGACAGAGGACACCGUGUGCAGGAGACAAUAUAUAGUCACAAUUACACGCUGAGAGCAGAGAUAUCGCGACCAGACGGAAUGUACGGUAUCCGGGUCAAGUCGUGUUUCGCAUUCAACAAGCGUAACAACAGCGUGUCUCUGAUCGACGAAAAGGGAUGCCCGGUAAACGGUCAGGUCAUGACAAAAUUCGUCUACGAUCCCAGCACGGGAUUCGCCGACGCCACUCUUUUCUCCAUGUUCCGGUUCCUCGACAGUCCGCAGGUUCACUUUCAGUGCAGUAUAGCUGUCUGCAAGGGCAGUUGCGGAAUUCCGGUCUGCGAUGGAGAUCCACCGGACUCUGUCAAGGGUGGCCUACAGCCAAAUGCUGGACAAAGUGUCGCCGGUGAAGAGGGCGUCCUUCUUGCCGGAACCAGCGUCUUUGUCCUGGACCCUGGCGUUUCGCCUGUUGUCCAGUCCGUAUGCGAUGACGGAUCUGUUCAUCCCUCCUGGCUCUUGUGGUUGGCCAUCGCUUUGGGUGUCCUUUUCCUCAUAAUGCUUAUCAUGAACAUCUUUCUCUGCUCUGCGAUGUCCUGCAGUUGCGCUCGAACCGAGAUAAUUGAAAAGGAACCAUCCAUAAUCGAGGAUUACGACCCUUACCGAAGCUGGCAUGGAUCUCAAUACGGCUCAAGGUAUUCUCUGAACGGAAAACCGGGCUACACGUCUGGAGGUUCAACGAUGAAUUCGACUAGAUCGAUAUCUACGAACAGCGAUCACUACGCGAUCGUCCAUUCUCGGCCGGGAAGCAGAUAUUCUGGACCCGGUCACAAGCACCACCAUCAUCAUCGAGGCCCGCCGUCGAACAUCGGAUCUCAUUACUCGGCAAAGUGAUCAAAGCAGGCCAUCUAUGCUGCAAGAGAAACGCCAAAUGCUGACAAUCAUGAGAUGAAAGGAAAAAACAAUAGUUCACCUAUCUGCAUUCCGCAUUGAAAAGUUUCCAGAAGGGGUGCAACUCCUUUC